GUGUCAACAGAGGGCGCUAUGUGACGUGACGGAAGUUUCAGAACAGAACAACGGUGGUUGGUGCGGCAAAUAGAUUGAAGAAUUCAACCAGUUUGGAUUUUGUCAAGUGCUAUCAGCAUGCGUCAUCUAUCCACCAUAGUGUCCAUCAUUACAGUAUUUGCUGUGCAUAUCAGUGCAAUAGAGUUUAAAUCUUUAGAUCACAUCAAGACCAAGACGAGACCCGAUGACCAGGCGGCUGCUGUGACUGCUCUGAUCAGAAGACUUAUCCCUGAACGAGCAGCAGCGUUCACCGUGGUGGUCAACCCAUCACUAGGGCCACCAAGACUUGACACAUUCCAGAUUGAGUCCAGCAAUAACAAGGUCAACAUCACUGGUACUACAGGAGUAGCGGCAGCAUGGGGCUUCUAUCAUUACUUGAAGCAUUACUGUGGAUGUCAUAUUUCGUGGGCAGGGAACCAGUUAAAUGUCCCGUCGACUUUGCCCAAGGUCCAACCGGCGCUGAAGAUCACAAGUCCAAACAGAUUCCGUUACUACCAGAACGUCUGCACCGUCAGCUACUCCUUCGUCUGGUGGAACUGGACGCGAUGGGAGAGAGAGAUCGAUUGGAUGGCCAUGAAUGGCAUCAACUUGCCCCUAGCAUUCAACGCCCAGGAAGCUAUCUGGCACAAGGUCUACCUCAAGAUGGGUUUCACCCAGAAGGAUCUGGAUACGCACUUUGGAGGGCCUGCUUUCCUAGCAUGGGCUCGCAUGGGCAAUAUUCACGGCUGGGGUGGACCCCUGACGCAAUCUUGGCACGCCAAUCAGCUGCAGUUACAGCAUCAAAUCCUGAAGAGAAUGCGAGAUCUGGGCAUGACGCCCGUACUGCCUGCAUUUGCUGGCCACGUCCCUAAUGCCACAGUGAGGUUGUUUCCCAAAGCCAACAUUAUUAACGGAACCAUCUGGAGCAAGUUUUACAAAGAUCCGCAGUACUGUUGCACUAAGUACCUGGUUCCGUCCGACCCUCUUUUCAAGACGAUUGGCAAAGCUUUCAUUGAAACGAUGAUAGCAGAGUUUAAUGGCACUGAUCAUGUCUACAAUGCUGAUUUGUUCAACGAAAUGAAUCCUGUUUCAAAUGAUCUUGGUUAUCUUGCCAAUGCGAGCCGGGGCGUUUACGACACCAUCAUCUCUGCGGAUCCUAAAGGCAUCUGGCUGAUGCAGGGCUGGCUGUUUACCGUCAACGGUUUCUGGUACAAAGAACAGAUAAAAGCACACCUAACGGCAGUGCCUUUGGGUCGCCUGAUUGUUUUGGAUCUAGCAUCGGAUAUCCUCCCUGUCUACGAUCGGACCGACUCCUACUACGGCCAACCGUUCAUCUGGUGUAUGCUGCACAACUUCGGAGGGAACCAUGGAUUGUACGGCCGGCUAGAUUAUAUCAAUAAGGCAGUAUUUGUUGGCAGGAUAUUCCCUGGUUCCACCAUGGUGGGCACCGGUCUGACUCCAGAAGGCAUCGAUCAGAACGACGUGAUGUACGCCUUCAUGAAUGAUCUCGCCUGGCGAACCCAGCCUGCUAAUGUGACAGCGUGGAUUGAUUCUUACGCUGUGAGACGCUACGGGAAGUUCAGCCAGCAAUCCCACAAUGCUUGGAGGAUUCUGAAGGACACAAUCUACAACUCAAUGGAGAAUACCAAGGAACAUAAUCGCAAUGCAAUCGUCUCGCGACCGUCGCUAAAAAGUCAGCCAGAUAUGUGGUAUGAUUGGAGGGAGGUUGCUAAGGCCUGGCCACUCAUGAUCAACGCAUCAGCUGAGCUGGGCACCAGUCCGCUCUACAGGUAUGAUCUCGUGGACAUCGGUCGACAAGUCUUACAAGAUAUCUCUGCAUCAUACUAUGCAGAAUUCCAGACUGUAUUCAACAAAAACAACAAAACAGCAGCACGGUCUUGUCUGGCCAAGAUUCUGGAUGUAUUGCUGGACAUGGAUACGCUCCUAGCAACCGACUCACAUUGGUUGCUAGGCAACUGGCUAGAGUCCGCCAAGGCCCUGGGCACUUCAGUCAAGGAGCAGAAAUGGUUGGACUAUAAUGCACGGAACCAGAUCACUAUCUGGGGACCACACGCAGAAAUCAAUGAUUACGCCAACAAGCAAUGGGCCGGCCUCAUGAAAUCAUAUUACCAUCGAAGAUGGAGCCUGUUUGCAUUUGAACUGGAUAUUUACAUGGAUGAACAUCGGGUCUGGAACCAGACCAGAUUCAACGAACUCUGCUUGAAUACGAUAGAGAUGCCCUGGACAUUUGACACAUCUGACUUCACAACGGAACCAGUUGGCGACACCGUCAAGGUUUCCCGGUGGCUCUUUGAGAAAUACAAAAAGGACAUCUCAUCACGCACAGGCGACGUUGUUGAAUUUGUUGACGUCAGCAGCCAGAGAUGGAGACCGAACAAGCCUUAUAUGGAUAACUCGUCGUAGUCGAUGCAGUGGGACGUCGCUAUACCAAACACCGCUAAACCGAACGUUCGGCUUUACCGAACAUCGUCCUUGGCUUCAGGUUUUGUGUACAA